GUUGCUUGGGAGUACAGCUUCAAGGGAAGUUAAUCUGAGGGGAAGCAAACAGAAAAUUGUGGAGGUUUUGUUGGAAUGAAUCUGAAGUCUGCUGCAGUAAAACACUGAAGGCUUUAAAAUGUUUUCUUGCAUAAAACUCAAACUUUAGCUGCAUAUGAGGAUAGGGAAGGCAGGAAGCUAAUGUCUGUCUCAAGAUACAGGACAGCUGUUUGCUCAUCAACCUCCGUGGGUUCCUGGACCAAACUUUGAGAACUGCUGGUUUAGAUCGUGGAUUUUGCUGUAGUCAGACUACCUGGACCGAAUCCCAGCUCCAUCACUUAUUAAUUAGCUUCAUGACAGUAAGCAGUUACCCUGAUAACACAGCCAGACAAACAUUAUAAGAAGAGAGAAAGCUACAGACCAAUAUUCCUCAAGACCAUAGGCCAAAACAGAAAGGUGUACACCAGAGGAACAUGGCUCAAGAAACCAAUCACAGCCAAGUGCCUAUGCUUUGUUCCACUGGCUGCGGGUUUUGUGGAAACCCUCGCACAAAUGGCAUGUGUUCAGUGUGCUAUAAAGAACAUCUUCAAAGACAGAACAGUAGUAGUGGUAGAAUAAGCCCACCUGCGGCCUCUGUCAGCAGUCUGCCGGAGUCACUACCGGCUCAGUGCACAGGUGGCAGCAUGCCAGAGGCCCCAUCCGCGCUGGCCUCUACUUCCUCCUCUGUGCAGCCGAGCUCUGUAUCAAAUCAGCCACUGUUAUCAGAGUCUGUAGCAUCUUCCCAGGUGGACAAUACAUCUGUAGACAAAGCAGCACCUGAAAACGAAGAUCUGCAAGCUUCAGCGUCAGACACAGCACAACAGCCAUCUGAAGAGCAAAGCAAGUCCCUCGAAAAACCAAAACAGAAAAAGAACCGCUGUCUGAUGUGCAGAAAGAAAGUGGGGCUCACGGGGUUUGAAUGCCGCUGUGGAAAUGUUUACUGUGGUGUACACCGCUCCUCAGAUGUUCAUCAUUGCUCUUACAAUUACAAAGCUGAUGCAGCCGAGAAAAUCAGAAAAGAAAAUCCAGUAGUAGUUGGUGAAAAAAUACAGAAGAUUUGAACUCCUGCUGGAAUACAAAAAUCCUUUGACCAUCUGCAAACUAAAAAUUGACUUGAGGUUUUUCUUCCUAGUCACUGGGAAUGUAGAGCAAUGUAUCUUGCAUAGA